CCCUAGCGGAUUCUUGCCGCGAACAGGAAGCGUGCGGGGGUGGGGGGGCGCCAGACCAGGCCGACGGAGAGCUGAUAGGCGGAAGCCCACCGGAGAGCAGCCGAACUUCGGAAGCGGCUCAGUCGGCCGCGCUGGUGACGCUUGGUCGCGCGCGCCAGGUCUGGACGCGUUGGGCGGGAACGACGAGGUGGGCUGGCGGGCCGCGCUGGGCCGCCUCAGAUCCCGACCCGUCCCCGGCCGAGGACGCCGCCGGGAGGUGGCCGCGGGCAGAGGGCGAGGCCUGGCCACAAACCGCCCCGCCUUCAGUACAACGUACCUAAUGGUCUCGGUCGCAGAGGGUGGCGGGGAGGAUAGAGCAGGACCACGUGUGUAGAGCAAGCUGCAUGCACCUGGCACGAGGUGGACGCUAAGUGUGAUCAGCAAUGGAAAGGAUUCCAGCGUCACCUGCCACAUACGAAAGAAUAGUUUAUAAAAAUCCCUCUGAGCACCACUAUCUGAAAGUCCGCCUAGAAUUUCAAGAGCGUGGGAUUGAACUGACUGCUGCACAGUUCAAACAGUUGGUUAUUUUGGCUUUGAAGGACCUGUUCGGGGAGGUUGGUGCUGCUUUGACCUUGGAUGUCCUGACAUACGAAGAGAGGACCUUGUCAGCCAUCUUGAGAAUAUGUAGCAGUGGUCUUGUCAAAUUGUGGAGCUCUUUGACCCUGCUAGGGUCCUAUCAAGGCAAAAAAUGUGCUUUCAGAGUGAUGCAGGUUUCUCCAUUUCUUCUUGCAUUAUCUGGCAAUAGUAGGGAACUAGUAUUGGACUGAACAGUGUUCAAUUUCAGAAAUAUUCAUCUGUUCUCCAAACGAUUUUUGGUGCCAGUGCAGUGUUUGAAGACGGAAGC